AAGCGCUAUUGGUUCCGCCCGGGGACUCGCUCCAGCACUCACAGCAGACAACAGGACUACAAUACACUGAUUUUAUUUUAUAAUGUUUCAGUCAACGUCAUUUAUGAGCUAUAACGCUGUUAGACACCACAGGCACUGAGUAGUCCUGGAAACACGGUUGGAAGUAGAUGCAUUCACCAAGGAGGCCUCAGUGUCUCUAAAUGGCAGCUGUGUAAUCGGAGUGGGACGAGGAAAAGAGCUGUACUGGAAUAAGACAUACGGCUUUCCACCCCCUUAUCCUGCCCUUCCCUCCCUUUCCGCCCUGGCAGUCGUAAAUAAGUCCAAGCCGUGCAGACCCCUGAGGAAUCCUACUCCCCUCUGUGCCCUUUCCCACCGCUGCUACCCAUGCCGAAUCCCCUGCCCACUCAGACUCUUCUGCUUAUGCUGCUGAAGCAGGCCAAGGAGAUUCUCAGAUGAUCCAUCGGGCUAUUCUGAACCACAUUGUCCACGCAGCCGGGGACGGGGAAGAGUAACUACUGCGAGUGUGAGAGAGCCCUUGGAGGGGGUGCUGUGAGCACCUUGUGAGGCCCGCCCACCAAGCCUGGCAAAAAGCUUGGUUUACCCCUUCUCUCUUUUAGCCCCUGAGAUGCCCUCCCCUCCUAAUGAUGGAGAGGAUCAAGGAGCGUCCCCCGUGAAUGUCCCAUCUGUGGGUUCCUACCGGAGCAGUGGGAAGAGGAAGGCGCACAGCAAAAAGAAGAAGGGCAGAAUAACCGCCAAUGUCUCUGGCACCAAAUACGAAAUAGUACGAAUAGUCACCAGCGAGAUGGACUUCAUCAAAGCACGGGAUGAUGAUGAGACUGCCAACCUCAUCUGGAAUGACUCAGCGGUUCAGCAUGAGAAAAUUGUUGAGCUCAGGAACUAUCAGAGAAUUAACCAUUUCCCUGGCAUGGGCGAAAUCUGCCGGAAAGACUGCCUCGCAAGAAACAUGUCCAAAAUGAUCAGGUGCCAGCCUCAGGAGUACAACUUCACACCCAGAACCUGGAUCUUCCCUGCUGAGUAUACACAGUUCCAGAACUAUGUCAAAGAGCUGCGCAGGAAACGCAAGCUGAAGACCUUUAUUCUCAAACCUGCCAAUGGAGCCAUGGGUCAUGGGAUCUCGCUUAUCCGUAGCUGUGAGAAGCUGCCAUCCCACGAGCACUUUAUUGUUCAGGAGUACCUGGACAAGCCCUUCCUGAUGGAGGGCUACAAAUUUGACCUGCGCAUCUACAUCCUGGUUACUUCCUGUGACCCGCUUCGCAUUUUCCUGUACAAUGACGGUCUGGUUCGCAUGGGCACCGAGAAGUACCACUCGCCCAACGAGGCCAACCUGACCCAGCUUUACAUGCAUCUGACAAACUACUCUGUGAACAAACACAAUGAGAACUUUGAGCGAUAUGAGGCAGUAGACAGAGGCAGCAAGAGGUCCAUCAGCUGGUUCAUCGAGUUCCUCAGCAUCAACAACUAUGACGUGUCAAAGUUCUGGGAAGACAUCUCAGAGUUGGUGGUAAAAACACUGAUAGUGGCUGAGCCCCAUGUGCUGCACGCCUAUCGCAUGUGUCGCGCCGGGCAACCACCAGGGAGCGACAGUGUCUGCUUUGAGGUCCUGGGCUUUGACAUCCUCCUGGACCGCAAACUCAAACCCUGGCUGUUGGAGAUCAAUCGAGCUCCGAGCUUUGGGACUGAUCAGAAGCUUGAUUACGAUGUGAAGAAAGGGGUGCUGCUCAAUGCUCUCGAACUCCUCAACAUCAGGGCCAGUGAUAAGAAAAGAAACCUGGCUCAGGAGAAGGCAGAAGCUCAGAGGCGGCUUUAUGGUCAUGGCUUCAUGAGGAAACUUUCAGCUGCUUCCACGGACUGGGAGAAACAACGUCACACGCUGGAACGGAGAAGAGAGGAACUGAAAGAACAACUUGCACAGGUUCGCAGGCAGGUUUCCAGGGAAGAACAUGAAAAUCAACAUCUGGGGAAUUACAGACGUAUUUACCCCCCAGACGACAAGCUGCUGUUGGAAAAGUAUGAAAGCCUGCUCUCGGCCGCCUUUCAGACCUUCCUCGCCGGGCGAGCUGCCUCACUUCAAAAGGAAAUGAAUAAUCCUCUGAAACGAAUGAAGGAAGAAGAUAUACUGGAUCUCCUGGAACGAUGUGAGCUGGAUGACGAGAAGCUGACGGGCAAAUCCUCCAGGCAACGAGGCCCAAAGCCCUUGACCGCCAUGCCGGAAUGCAGCCAGACUCCAAGAAGCCAACGACCAGACUACCUGGCUGACUUCUCCAGUGGCAGCAGCGAAGAUAAUUCAUGCUCCUCGUCCAAUGAAGAAGAGGAAGAGGAGACAAGAAAAACAGAAGAAGUGGGAAUUAAAGAAAAGAGAGGCGAGAAGAAGGUCUCCUAUGACCUCAGUGAAAGCAAGGAGAAAAACGUGGCUGAGCGCUCAGGCCGCAUGUUCUGGAAACCUCCAAUCAAGUCCCCCAAAACAGGCACUACUCCCUCUGUGUCUCCAACCCUUUCUGGUCCAAUCAGACGUUCUAUCUCUUGCCCUCGGUGCAUUGCCUCCCUCCCGUCACCCAAUGAGAUGCGACCAUUUUCCACCAGGCCAUCUCCGAUGAUUCCGAUGGCAACGCCUAUCGCCAGGCCGAGCUCCGCUACGCUGAGCUCCGCUGCAAUUCGCUCUCAUUCGCUGAGCCGUAGUGGCUCCGCCCACCGUGUCCCUCACAGCAGCAGCCUGGGGACUAUCCACUCUAAUGUGGGUGAACCAUUGAUAAACUUGAAGUCUAAGGAGCAGGAGGCCGAAAUGGUGCGUCAGACCCUCUCAGCGCUCACUGCCAUGCGGAUCAGAUUUCCGGGGAAGACUGAAGAAGAGGCUGAAGCAGUGCUAGACGAGAUUCUCGACAACUGGAGAUACCAUAAAUCAAAGGUGGCGUCAUAUUGGUUGGUGAAGCUGGACUCGACCAAACAGCGGAAGGUGUUGGACAUUGUUCGUUCAAACGUUCGCUUGGUGCUGCAGCGGAUCUGGAGGGAGCCGGAUGUAGAGAGCCUGCACCUCUAUCGGCUUUUUAAACGCGUCUUCAAUCGACUGUUGUGGAGUCAUGGCCAGGGCCUUUGGAGCUGCUUCUCCAACACCGGCUCGUCGUGGGAGAUCAUCUUCAGCAAGAGCAGCGAUGUGGUGUCGCCCCAGGAGCUGCAGUGCUGUCGCCGACUCGUCCAGCUGUGCCGGGACUGUCUGUUAGUCGUUUACAAGUUUGUCUCAGAGUCACGUGGCACUUUGACAAGCUUCAGUCCUGAUUGGGAUGAUACAAGCUUUCCAUUCGCUGCUGGACCAACCUCCACCCAUGGCUCCCCUCCUGCUGCUGUUGCUGCUGCUUCCUCUACCUCCUCUUCUUCCGUCUCUUCGCCCCUCAACUCAGGUGCCUGCUGCCAGUGACCUCCCAGUUCAUCAUGAAGUGGCCUUCGUCCAGCUUUGGCCGCGCCUCCACGGCCAUGCCACGCUCCCGCAGCCUUUACGCCGCCAGGAUGGACCACUUCUGAGGUCACCGUGGCAAGCCUGGCUGCCGAAACCUCGCCUUUUGACCUCAACCUUCCCCCCACCUCCCACCUCUUCCAUGACUCCCACCCAAGCCAAACUCAGAUCUUAGUAAUCCCAGUAUGGAUGUGAAUUUGAGGCAGCUCUGGACACUGGGUGGGGUCUCAACCCAUCCCAAUCGCCUUGUGGAAGAUCCAAAAAAAAAAAAAGAAAAAAGAAAAUGCUGGGUGAUUUGGGAUUACUAGAGUGUUUUAGUUUUGUUUAUCUUCUUCAGACCAGCUAACCAUUUCCUGUAUCCCUCUCCUCAGCACCAGUAAUAACAAAAGGCAGCUUCACUCUUCUGUCUUCAUUGUAACUGCUGUAUUAUAUUUCACUGUACAGUUUCAAGUCAUGGUACUGUAAAAGGAAGAAUUAACAAUGAAUAAACAAUGCAAGAUUUAUUUAUUUAUGUAACUAUUUAUUUUGUAAGGUAUUUCACAAAUGCAGUGAGUUCUGCUGCAGAAUGCAGUCUAGGAAUAACGUCAACAAAGCUUUGAUUUAUUUGAAUACGUUGAUGUAGAACGCUUAUUUUUGCUGUUCCUAAUUAGUAAUUUUAUUUCUGUACUCAGAUUAUAAUUUAUUUCACAAUUUAUAACAGAUGGUUUACGUUAAUAACAGUCACUUUAUGUUGUUUAUCAUGCAGCUCAAAUUAAUUAACUGCGAAAGAGGUGAUGCGCAAAGAACUUGGUGUUUUGAAUGCUAACACUGUUUUGUUUCUACUUGUGUGAGAUUAAGUGCAGCCCAAUUAAAGCGUUUUGAAUGUCAAUGUAGUAAGCCAAGCCUUUUUGCCUCCUGGAACACAAACUGGCUUUAAAGUCACGGCAUGAAGAGCCAAACCUCACCAAGAGCACCCACUAGCACCUGAUGUGCACUUUGCAGUGUGUCACAGAAAGUGAAAGCGGCUGCACAUUAGUAGAGAAUGCAUGCCUUUAGUCUCUUUAGAUCCACAAAGGAGCUGCGUUUGGGAUAUACUUGAAGUUUUGUGUUGCCAUUAAUUAUUCUGCUGUCGUGGGGAGGACACUUCAUUUUCACAUUUGUUAUCCCCAGUGCUGCUGUUUUGAGGACAACAAGGAUGUGCAUCACUAUUCAGAGAUUGUUUAACACGCUGAGUGAGUAGACUCAUCAGCUCUCACUUGCUGCACUGUAACAGGAGUGAUUUAUGAGGGAAGCAGCUGCAGCCUUUAUCCACAAGCACUGUAGAUGCAAGUGCCAGGGGUUUCACAGAUGUGUUCAUAUGUUGGAUUUUAUUUAGGCUAAUAUGUCUUGGCCCAAUGUAGGACCUCAUUUCUAGACCUUUUAUGUUAAUACAUAGAAAUAUAAUAAAAUAUGUUUAGGAUUCUACCUUCAGUGUGUAUGACUUAUAAAAAUAAUAGGCUGUACUAAAUAGUACAGAAUGCAUACUUUUAACCAUUUUAACUUGUGUUUAGCAGCAAGGCUGUGCUGAAACUGCUAAAAUUUGAAGUGUCCCCAUUUUUUUCUCUUCAUGAUGCCAUUUGUUUUUUUUCAUUUUGCCUAAUUUUAUUUUGUGUUAUUUAAAAGUAGAACUUUUUCAUUGAAUGUACAGGAUUUUUAAUUUUACAUAGCAAUAAAAUGUUUAAACAAUUUCAUGCUCUGAUUUAUUGCUUUAAUAAAUUUGAAAUCUUGCAA